AUGCUCCUGCGGCGGCUGCAGCACCGCAAAUGCGUCGCCGAAUGCUGCAGGCACGUCAGGGCUCCACCCGCCCGCCGCCGCUUCUCCGUGCUCGCUGCUGCCGACUACACCUCCAGCAGCGACGACGCCCCCGACGAGAGGUGGCCUAGCUGCGCUCCCGCUGAAACCGUGCAGAGAAGCAGAGGCCGCGUUGGUCUGAGCUCUGCCAGAGUCGUCCAGAACCUCCGGCUCCUCAAGAGGAGGCCCGAUGUCGCCUUGGCCUACUUCAAGGACACCGAGAGCGUCGGCUUCAGCCACGACCUGUCCACCUACGCGGAGAUCGUCGACAUCCUGUCCAGCUCGGGCCAGUCCAGGAUGCUCUUCUCCCUAUUCCGCGAGAUCAUCUCGCACGGCGGCGGCGGUCCCGAAAUCCUGCCGCUCAUGGAUCAUCUUAGAAGAACAGGCGCCGCUUCGGAUUCGCUCGUGUCCGCGACCAAUUGCUUGGUCACGGCGUACAUCACUUGCUAUGAUGCGCAGGAUACGAUUGGGUUGUUUGGUGAGCUCUGCAGGCGUGGAGUUGUGCCGUCGGUUUGGGCUUGCAACGUGCUUCUCAAGUUUGCAGCGGACAGUGGUGGCUCGGAGGUUGUUUUAUCGGCUUAUGAUCAGAUGAAGCUCCUUCGGCUGACUUUGGAUGCUCAUGCGUUGGGCAUUAUCACUAGGUCUCUUUUUCAAGAGAAGAAGGCAGACAAGGCGUUUCAAGUGUGGGUCGAGAUGAUUGGAUCGGGAGCGAAGCCGGAUAUAGGUGGAUACUCGUCGUUUUUAACUGGUCUGUGUGAUUGCGGAAAGGUUGAUUUGGCUUAUGCUAUUCUGCAAGAGAUCAUCAGGGAGGGCAUUCAAGUUGACGCCAUGGCCUAUAACAAGGUAAUGGAUGGGCUAUGCAAGGAGAUGAGACUGGAGGAGGCUGAAAAGCUCUUGGAGAGCAAGAUCAGACUAGGAUUCAAUCCUGAUAUAUAUGGCUAUAGCUAUCUCAUCCGGAGUUACUGCAAAAAGGGAGACAUACUUAAGGUGCUGGAUCAUUAUCAAGCAAUGGAAUCCCAUGGUCUCGGAACAAACUGCCACAUUGUGAGUUAUCUUCUACAAUGCUUUACAAAGGUAGGCAUGGCAUCUCAAGUUACGGAGUAUUUCCAGAAAUUUAGGGAUUCAGGAGUUCAUCUUGAUGGGGUUCUGUAUAACAUUGCUAUGGAAGCCUAUUGCAAGCUCGGGAACGUGGAUGACGCGGUUAAGCUACUGGCAGAAAUGAAGACUGACGGCCUGGCUCCUGACAGAAUCCACUAUACAUGCCUGAUCAAGGGUUAUUGUUCGAAGGGAGAUAUACCAAAUGCACAGCAAGUGUUUGAAGAGAUGCUGAAGGACAAUGUAAAGCCAGAUGUGGUUACAUAUAACAUUCUGGCCAGUGGAUUUUGCAGGAGUGGUCUUGUUACGGAGGUGUUUGACCUUCUAGACCAUAUGCAGGAUCAAGGGUUAGAGCCUAAUUCACUUACUUAUGGUGUAGCAAUUGAUGGAUUUUGUAGAAGAGGCAACCUUAGUGAAGCGGAGGUGUUAUUUAAUAUAGUAGAAGAGAGAGGAAUUGAUCACAUUGAAGUACUGUACAGUUCGAUGGUUUGUGGCUAUUUAAAUUCAGGAUGGACUGAUCAUGCUUACGUGCUCUUUCUUAGGGUUGCUAAUCAAGGAAAACUUGUGGAUCAUUUCUCAUGUUCUAAGUUGAUAAAUGACCUUUGUAGGGAUGGAAAUGCCCAGGGAGCUUCAAAUGUAUGUAGCAUCAUGUUAGAAAAGAAUGCUGUUCCUGAUCUAAUUUCAUAUAGCAAGCUCAUAGCAGCCUAUUGUCAGACAGGAGAUAUGCACAAUGCUCGUUUAUGGUUCCAUGAUAUGAUUCAGCGAGGCCUUUCUGCGGAUGUUAUUGUAUACACUGUACUAAUGAAUGGUUACUGCAAGGUUGGUCGGAUGCAAGAAGCUUGCACAUUAUUUGUUCAGAUGACAAGUUUAGGUAUUAAGCCUGACGUAGUUGCAUAUACAGUGCUACUCGAUGGUAACCUAAAAGAGUACCUGCAGAAAUGCUGGCAGGGCAUUAGUAAGGAGACAAGGAGCGUUCUUCUUAGAGCAAAGCAGAACCAGUUGCUCAGCUCUAUGAAAGAAUUGGAAAUUGAACCUGAUGUACCCUGUUACACUGUAUUGAUUCAUGGGCAGUGCAAAGCAGAUUAUUUAGAGGGAGCACGGGGACUAUUUGAUGAAAUGUUGCAGAAAGGACUUGCUCCUGAUCUUCAUGCAUACACGGCUCUUAUAAAUGGAUAUUGCAGCCAGGGAGAAAUAGCGAAGGCGGAAGAUCUUUUUCAAGAAAUGGUAGAUAGGGGAAUAAAGCCAGAUGUACUGACCUUUUCUGUCUUGAAUCAGAAGUCCUGAGUCAUAGGCGGGAUCAGCCAUAUGUAUGAUUUUCCUGCAGUUAUGUCAACUGAAAUCCGUCAAUAGCAAGGCAGUUCUAGGGUCGAUCUUAUUGAACUGCAAAAUCCAGCACAUAACGAACAAUGACAAGCUUGUGUUGAUGUGAAAGCCUAGCGCUGUAUGCUGGAUCAUUGGUCAUUUAUUCAUUUCAAAAUCCAUGGAGAUGAUUCUGCAAGCCUGAUUUGAGCUCUACCAAGGCAA